AUGGCUGGAGUGGACUGUACUGGGUCAGAGUCUAGACUGAGGAGCUGUAGAUCAGAUGACGAGGCAUUUUCACGCUGUGGUCAUCAUCAUGAUGUUGGAGUCAUCUGUUCAGGAUACACAGACUUCAGACUAGUCAACGGCUCUGACUCCUGCUCUGGUCGAGUGGAGCUGCAGUACCUCAGUGAGUGGGGAACAGCGUGUGGUGCAUCAUGGGAUAUCAGAGCCUCCAAUGUCCUCUGUCGACAGCUGAAUUGUGGGAGUGCCGUGGCCAUAGUGGGAGUGGACUGGUUUGGGGAGGGCAGUGGCCCACUGAAUUGUGGGAGUACCGUGGCCAUAGUGGGUGUGGACUGGUUUGGGGAGGGCAGUGGCCCAGUUCCUCUAUGUCUGCUGAUGGUGGAUUGUCCAGAGGACAGUGAUGAGUGUCUGACUGGUUUCCAGUGCUCUGGGACUGAGGCUUAUCUGGGAAACUGCAGCUCACCACAAACUACAAAAUGCAGUUCCAGUUCACAGCUGUCACUCAUCUGCUCUGGUCACAGGUCCCUCAGACUGGUGGGUUCUGGGAGUGACUGUGCAGGGCGUCUGGAGGUUUUCCACAAAGGCUCAUGGGGAACAGUGUGUGACGACUCCUGGGAUGUGAAGGACGCCCAGGUGGUGUGCAGACAGCUCCAGUGUGGAGAGGCCCUCAGCGGACCGGUUCCAGCCUGGUUUGGUCCUGGAACUGGACCCAUUUGGCUGGAUAAGGUGGACUGCCUGGGGAAUGAAACGUCCCUGUGGAGCUGUCCGUCAGAGGGAUGGGGCCGACAUGACUGUGGACGCAAGGAGGACGUGGGAGUGCUGUGUUCAGAGUUUAAAGAGAUCAGACUGACUGAAGGCUGCUCUGGGAACCUGGAGGUUUUUUACAAUGGAACCUGGGGUAAUGUCUGCAUGGACCAGAUGGACUCAGACACAGUGUCUUUAAUCUGCCAAGAGCUGAACUGUGGAAAGAGUGGCAGUGUGGACUCAAGCACACCAAGACUGGCUUCAGCUCCAAACUGGCUUGACCGUGUACAAUGCCGCAAAAACGACAUCAGUCUAUGGAACUGUCCGUCUUCUCCCUGGGGUCAGAACGAAUGUAGUGCGUUUGAAGUGGCAAAAAUCACCUGUUCAGACCAUCUACCCUUCAGACUGAUGGAGGGAGAAGGCCAGUGCUCUGGGAGGCUGGAGGUUUAUCAUGACGGUACCUGGGGCUCAGUCUGUGAUGAUGACUGGGACAUUAGAGAUGCUCAGGUGGUGUGCAGACAGCUGGGCUGUGGGCCGGCACUGAGGGCUGAUGGGAAUGCUGCCUUUGGGCGUGGAGAGGGAGCUGUGUGGCUGAGCAGGGUGGAGUGCAGAGGA